AUGGCGGAGACAGCAGACGGGCUCCUCAGUAUCGAGAUAGAUGCCGACAACUACGCAGAAACAGCUGCGGGCGAUGUACAAAGCGUGCCUCGGACAUACCAAAGCGAGGCGGACUUUCAGGCCCAGAAAGCCAGCUAUCAUGCAAAGGUCGAUCACGGCAACAACUACCAGAAGCUGAUUCUUGCCGUGCCCACUCUGGCAGCUUCUAGCAUGACCAAUGGAGAUGGCGUUGGUCACGAUACUGCUCAGCGCACAAGACUGAGCAAGAAGGAUCUCCAGUUGCUAGGCUACGCAGUAGGCGAGAUGUACUAUGAUCGGGAGUACACCGGCGUGCUUGAGCUUUGCACGCGUGUGAAGCAACGAUGUGAGAUCGAUACGAAGACGGCAGAGAGUGUGGCAAGGUGGAUUUCGAGGUGCGAGGACAGACUAGCUCGCACGGCAUGA